AUGGAAGCUUUAAAGCUUAAACGAAAAACAGUUAGAUCUGCAUUUACUAGAUUGUUUAAUCAUUUAGAUGAGUCAGCGAAAACGGAAGUAAACAUUGCAGAUGAUUUAGAUUGUUUGGCAACUUUCCAGCUGCUUGGCGAGAAAAAUAAUGAACUUUUGCAAUUAAAUGAAGAUAUUUUGAAUCGUUUGUUGAUGUCUGAAGAAAUAAAUGAAGACGAUAUUGAAAAGGAAUCUCGUUCAGCAGAUGAGUAUUCACUCAAUUUUAAAAGAAUGAGUUUAUUAGUGGAUCGAAAAACUAAUCCCGCUGUUAACGCUGAUACAUCAUCUUCAGUUGGCGGUGAAAAGCGGAAAUUCAAGCUGCCUCGUUUGGAACUGAAGAAAUUUGGCGGGGAAAUUAAAGAUUGGCUGCCAUUUUGGGGACAAUUCAGAAAAAUUGAUGAAGACAACGAUAUCGAUGAAACCGACAAGUUUCAAUAUUUAGUCCAAGCAACUAUCCCGAAUUCCAGAGCGAGGGAAUUAGUUGAAAGUUUUCCCCCUACCUCCGGAAAUUAUUGCAAGGCGAUUGAUUGUCUGAAAUCUAGAUUCGGCAGAGAUGAUUUAUUGGUUGAAUAUUACGUUAGAGAAUUGUUAAAAUUGACACUCGCAUUUAAUCUUAAAGAGAAACAUGUUGAAUUAUCAACUGUUUAUGAUAGACUUGAAACCCAGCUGAGAUCAUUAGAAACUCUUGGCGUUACUACAGCAAAGUAUGCGGCCAUGUUGUUUCCCUUGGUUGAGUCUUGUUUAAGUGAAGAAGUUUUAAGAGCCUGGCGGAGAAAUGAUAGAGGAUUGGAUAGAAAAGAUGACACAAAAGAAUCUCGAUUGGAAAGUUUGAUGAAAUUUUUGAAGAACGAAGUUGAAAAUGAGGACAGGAUAGCUCUUGCUAUGGAAGGCUUCUCUUUGAAAGAAAAUAACAAAAAUAUAAAGAUUAAAAGAGACUUGCCGACAGCUGCGGGACUUUUUUCAGGAAACCAAAAAUCUGUUUUGAAGUGUGCAUUUUGUGACAAGAACAAUCAUGAAUCCAAAGAAUGUCAUGUUGCUCGAAAUUUGGAUUUAAGUGAGAAAAUGAACCGAUUGAAGAAAAGAGGUUGCUGUUUCAGAUGUCUAAGUAACGGUCACGUGUCAAAGCUAUGCAGGGUCCAAGUGAAUUGUGGAAUUUGUGGUCAAAGACAUCAUGCUGUGAUGUGCCCUGAUAGAAAGACCGUUGAGUCUUCUAACUCUCAAGAAGCAACGGAAAGUUCAAUCAAUUUUGGACAGUUUAAUACAUUGACCAAUCCCACAUGUUCUACAAGUGUGUUUCUACAAACCCUGGUCGUGGUUCUUCGAGGAGAAACACAGGAUUUUGCUGUGAGGGCCCUCAUAGACACUGGAAGCCAGAAAUCUUAUAUUACGAAAGAAGCUGCUAAGAAAAUGAAGUAUCCUGCAUUAAAAGAAACAACUCUUAUUCAUACUUUGUUUGGAGGGAUGCAAAAUCCUCAGAAUACAAGAUUUUUGUAA